AUGGGCAGCGUUGUGCGCGCUACGUUGCCGUAUUCUGCAUACAUUCGCGCGCGCCAUUACUCUUCGGCGCCGUACGUUGCGGCGCAGUUGGACACGUACGAGUACAGCAAGCUGGUCGACGGCUCGCUCGACUCGCUGUGUGACGGGCUGGAGGAGCUAAUCGAGACGGAAGACAUCGAGUCGCUCGGUGGCGGAGACGUGAGCGAGUGGGACAUCGAGUAUGCGACGGGCGUCCUCACGCUGCGACUCGGCACGUUUGGGACCUAUGUGAUCAACAAGCAGCCACCGUCGCGCCAGGUAUGGUUGUCGAGCCCAAGCAGCGGCCCGAAACGAUUCGACUACGAUGCCCAGCAGGCGCGCUGGUUUACCUACAAGGAUGACCAGGUGUACGACCUCGAGUCCCUCUUAAAUGCUGAGCUCAGCCAAGUUUUCCGCAUGGGUUCGCGGCUGCUGCACCAGCUUACAUCACUAGGCGGGAAAGACAGUUCGCACGCCCACGAUGCAAUGCAGUCGAGUGGAAAUCGCGUCGAGACGCCCUCGCCGCAGAAACACUCCUUGUUUGGUAAGAACGGCUCGUUUGGCUCGCCAAUGGGUGCAAACACGUCCGGCGUACUAGGCAAGAUGGGCAAUGUGAACUUGUCGUCGCCUCCGGGGCCGAACACGUCGCAAGUUCUUGAGGGAUACAAUCACUCGCCGUUUCGCCAAGGUGAUGCGCAGAGCGAUGGGAUGUUGCGGGGCACUGGUGCCGCUGCAGAGCCCUCGUUUGCGAGUCAUGCGCAGGCAUCGGCACCGACAAAUCCGCCGAUCAGUGAUGAUAUGAAUGCAGCGUACCGUGGAGCGACGGAUUUUGCGAAGCAGGACCAAGUCUCGCCCGAGUAUGCGCAGUCGUACCAGAUGCUCCAAGGAGCCCAAGGGCAGGCCCAGCAAGGACAGCUCCAGGCCCAGCUCCAAGCUCAGCAGCAGGCUCAGCAGCAGGCCCAGCAGCAGGCCCAGCAAGGACAGCUCCAGGCUCAGCAGCAGGCUCUGCAGCAGGCCCAGCAAGGACAGUUCCAGGCUCAGCAGCAGGCUCAGCAGCAGGCUCAGCAGUAUGCCCAGCAGUAUGCCCAACAGCAGGCUCAGCUUCAGGCUCAGCUUCAGGCCCAGCAGCAAGCCCAGCAAGCCCAGAAUCAGAACCAACAGCUCCAGAGCCCAUUCCAAGGCCAGUCUCAACGAGAGCCCCAAUCCCAAUCCCAACCAUUCCAAGGUCAGCAACACCAGCAGUACUCGCAGCAGAUUGCUCAGCAGCAGCUCCAGCAGCAGUUCCAAGCCCAGCAGCAAACACAGCAGCUCCAGCAACUCCAGCAACAGCUCCUGCAGCCGCAAGGCCAAGCCCAGCAAUACGAGCAGCGCGUCCAAGAAGCCCAGUACCCUCAAUUUGCGCAGCAAUUCGAGGCACCGGCCCAGGACGCUCCCAAAGAGCCGUAUGCCCAAACGGGCGCUGCAGACACACAGAGCCCAGCGAAGAGUGUAUACAAUGCGUCGGCCGGCACGACGCCUACGAGGCAGCGCCUUGACAUGAGCGAAAUCACGCAUGUAAGCCGCAGCUACUACAUCGAGCUCCUCGACUUCUUCCGCUCGCAAACAAGCAAGACGUCGCUCCUCUCACACUCGCGCAGCAAUGCGCGUGAGAAGCUGGCGCGUCUCAGCAAGCAGCAGUUUGCCGAGCUCUCCACGGACGUCCACGACGAGCUCAAACGGCGUCAGACCAACACGGACAGUGAGAAUGCGAUGCCCUACCUGCCCGGCCGUGACGAAUUCCAUCCCAAACGCAACCAAGCGCGCCAGAAACUGGCGACGCUCCCCAAGAACCGCUUCCGCGACUUGGCCAGCGACGUCUUUUUCGAGCUUGAACGCCGCUUCCCCGAAUUCCCCGCCGAGCUCCGCCCCGAGUCGAUCGAGGAGAUCAUGGCUCCCCGCGAAGAACCGCGCGAAGCGCUUACCCAGUCCCCAGCGCAGCCUCCUGUGCAGUCCCUCCAGGGUGUUGCUGUGGAACAAAGCGUCAUAGCACAGAGCACAGGCGACGGGAUGCAAGUCCAGCAGACCACCUCGGAAGUAUUUGUUCCAGCGCGCAGCACCGCCGUCGAGGAAGACGUCAAGCUUCCUUACGCUACAGAAACGCGCGAAGUCCAAGACGCCGACGCGCCCGAGCAUGCCGAGGCGUAUUUGCACGCGCGUGCAUCGGCGCUCCAAGCGCGGAGCGCUGAGGAAAUGAGCGAGCUGCGCAGUAUGUACGAGGAGCGCAUCCAUUCCCUCCAGCGCAGCGUCGAGCAGGCCGACAACCGCGCCGCCGCGCUCGAGAAGCAGUACAGUGCGGCGCUCCAAGAGGCCGACAACCGCGCCGCCGCGCUCGAGAAGCAGUACAGUGCGGCGCUCCAAGAGGCCGACAACCGCGCCGCCGCGCUCGAGAAGCAGUACAGUGCGGCGCUCCAAGAGGCCGACAACCGCGCCGCCGCGCUCGAGAAGCAGUACAGUGCGGCGCUCCAAGAGGCCGACAACCGCGCCGCCGCGCUCGAGAAGCAGUACAGUGCGGCGCUCCAAGAGGCCGAGCAGCUGCGCGCGCGCAACCAGGGUCUCGAGGCGCACAUACAGCAUCUCGAGCAAGUAAUUGACGCUAACAUCGCCCAGGUCCAGCAGCUCCGCACGACCAACGAGGAACGCGAGCUUGCGCUGAGCGAAGGGCGCCGCGAGCUUGCCGACAAGCACCGCGCGCUCGAAGCGUCCGGCUCUGAGCUCGAGCGCCGCCAGACCGCCUUUGACGCGCUCCAUGCCGAGUUCACUGCCCUCCACGCCAAGCACACUUCCGAUGCCGUCAGCCGCGAGGCGCAGGCAGUCGACGAGGCGGCAUGGAAGCGCGACAUUGAGCGCAUGCAGCGCGACACGCAGCAGCAGCACCAGUUUGUCCAGGAGCUGCGCAACGAAGUCGCCUCCCUCCUCGAGGAGCUGCGCCGUCUCAGCGCGCGCAAUGAUGCCAUGACUGCGGACAAGGAGUCGGACGUGGCCAUCAUCCGCGACCUGCACGGCCAGCUGACGUUCCACAAGCGCCAGCUUGACACGGCCAAGGCCGAGCUGCGCAGCACCAAGACCACUUCGUACCUCUGGAUGCAGCCCAUGCGUUCGGAAGAGUGGAUGCACGUCUCGGAGCGCGGCGCGAUUGCAGACACCAACCUCGCCUCGUUCCAAAACUCGAUUGACGAGCUGCUUUCUGCCUCGCGCUCUGGCGCGCCGAGCAAUGUGCUCGUUGCGAUGAAGACCGUGGUGCUCUCCACCACGCUUAUCACCGACGACGUUGCCAAGUACGAGAGCAUGCCGAACAAUGGCCUCGAGCUUCUCUCCCAGCAGCAGUUCGGCGACUUGCCGAGCCUCAAGGUGAGCAUGUCCGAGGCGCUGGCAAACCUGAUGAAUGCGUGCAGGAACCACGCAUCGAGCCAGGGACUCUCCCCGGUGAGCCUCAUUGACGCCGCCGCUACGCACGUCGCCAUGGCCGUCGUCGAGAUGAUCAAGCUGCUCAAGCUGCGGAAGACGCGCGACGUCCAUGACGCCGACACCACGCCCCAGAUGGACGACUCCGCGGCGUCCCCGGCGGGCCUCAAGCCGCUGCAUAUGACCCAGCGCGGCGUCACUUCUCCCCCCAGCUCCGCGGUGCUUGGUGCGGGCCGUACGCGCCGCAUGCCGAGCCAAGGGACCCUGCGCGGCAUCUCGUACAAUAGUGAGACCCCGCGCGUCCAGCUCGACGACGCCGAGGAGCAGAGGAAUGUUGGUGUGGGAGGCUACUCUCCCGCGCACUAUGACGGCCAAGCGCCGCUCCAAAGCCCUGCUUUUGACGCUGCACGCGCACCCCCCAAUGCAGGGCCCAGCCCUUGGAGCGUUGUCCAGUCCACUGACGGCCCCAAGGUCCAGGAAAGCCCCAUGCGUGCAAAUGCCGCUGCUGUGCGUCGCCUCCCUUCUGUGCCGAGCGCACCGAGCCCUAUCCAAGCGCAGACGCCCACACUGAGCCUGCCGCGGCGCAUGCCGUCGGGCGAGCGUGUGCAGCCCAGCGCGGACUAUUCGCGGGGCCUUGCGCCCAUGGUGGGCGCUUCGCCGAUAGUGAGUGCGUCGCCGUCGAUGGCGAAUGCCACCUCGCCCGUCCUGUCUACCAUCUCGCACGAGUCGCAGAACAAAGCGCCUGUAUCGCCCAACCUCACCGCUGAUAUCUCUGCCGCCCAGCGCGAGACGGAAGAGACGCGCGCGGCGCUCCAGCCGAACAUUGCGCGGCCCACGUUGGCUUCGAUGGCGCUCGGAGCGAUGGGCACAGCUGCCGCGAUGGGCGGAACAGCCGCGCCCAUCUCGCACGUCGAGACGCGCAGCCUGACCGAGACGCGGAUUCCGGAGGAGCGCGUGCAGGAGACGUGGCCCGAGAAUGCCGGCGCUCUUGCCGACGAGCGCAACGAGCGCAACGAGAACUGGGCCGAGCUGCGCAACUAUAUCGAAGUGCAGACCGAGGCGAUUGUGCACUCCAUCCAGUCCUUGCUCUCGGCGCUGCGUGAGGGCGUCCAAGGGCCACAGCUCAAUGAGAACCUCACGCAGAUCACCACGAUUGUCUUUUCGAUCGUCGCCAUCUCGCGUGAUCAUUUGCCGCGCUCGACAUCGCCGCAAGGUGCGCCGAUUGCCAAAGAAGCGGAGCGCAUUUUUGCAGACCUCACGGAGAACUGCGACCGGCUCAGCGAUAUGCAGACAGACACGAGCUUUGACCGGACUACGAAGAGUGUUAUGGCGAGUGCCAGCUACGGGGUGGCUAAAGGCCUCAAAGCGCUCAACGAGCUGCUCAACGACGCGGACGAGGCGGCAACGCUUGCUUAG